AUUCCAUCUUUCGUGCUGAUUUAUUUAUAAAUUAAUUUCUCUCUAUCUCAUAUCGCGCUUUGUUUCGUCGCCCGCGACGUGUUGUUUUGUGAAAAUUUGCAUCGCAUUUUUGAGCGCGUGCAUUAGUGUUGGUCGGUGUGUUGAUGUGCGAGGAAAGGCGACGACGCUUCGAAUUGCGAGAGAGAUUGCGGAGAAAACAAAACAUCCCGAGCAGCAGCAACACAACCCAUAAAAAUCAUAACCUUGGGCGUGUAUUAAUCGAGUGAUCCGUACCGCCCUCCCCUUCGCCGACAUUUCCCCCGUUAUCCAGAAAUACUUCUACCGAUUUUGAUCUGGACUACUUGCUGUAUUGUUGUGUCUGUUUUUGCUGAUUUCACUGGCGUUUGUGUUUCCGUGCAAACAUCUGGCGAGAUAAGGGCCUAUAUAGUUCCACCCCCCAACCGUCUCACAACGCCCCACCCCCAUCCCGCGAGCCAACAACAAGAAAAAACUUGGUUGCAAAAACGGCGCUGAACUUAUAGUUUUGCCUUUGGACAGAAAAGACGCCCGCGCAUCCGAACUUUUAACGAGAGCGACGAGAUGAUUCAUGUGGGUGAGAAUACGUGGAACCUGCGGAUCCUCAUCACGGAUCUGCAGGUGGAGAAGACACUGCGUGUGAAGGGGGAUCAGCACAUUGGAGGCGUAAUGCUAAACCUCGUGGAUCCGGAGUUGCCCAAGGAUUGGUCCGAUCAUGCCUUGUGGUGGCCCGCUAAGAAUGUGUGGCUGACCAGGACGCGAUCUACGCUGGAUCAGGCUGGAGUGCAAUCCGAUUCCUUUCUGCAUUUUACGCCUAUGCACAAAACACUGAGGGUUCAAAUGCCUGAUCUUCGUUAUCUCGACUAUCGUGUCAACUUCUCUGCCAAAACUUUUGGAGCUGUUGUGAGCCUUUGCAAGGAUUUGGACAUUCGCUAUCCGGAGGAACUGUCGCUGUGUAAACCAUUGGAACCGGAGCAUCUCAAGAAGAACUUCUCCAAAUUGCCGCAGCGCAAGAUUCCCGUAGCUGAGGCCAAUGGCGUCGCCUAUUUGCAGCCAGCGGCCGACACCAACUCCUUUGUCCCGAUAACAGGAGCCUAUAAAGGCAGCAAUGGCAGUCUUGAUCACUCGCACAAUGGCAAUUUGCUGUGCGCUCCGGCUUCACCGUAUGCCACCACUCCACGGAGGGCAGCCACUGCCCCGGGCACGCCCAUCAGCUCGCCCACAGGCACAUGGAAGCACAACUCCACUGGCUACGCUAGCUACGAUUCCAACUCUAGUUUUGGGGACCUCCAAGAGAAUUUGGCCAUGUCUCCUAGAUCACCCAGUCCAGAUGUAAGGGCUCGCUUAAUUCGACCAAAGACUCGAGUCGAGAAAGCUCGUCUCAACGUUGGAUGGUUGGAUUCAUCGCUUUCCAUCAUGGAGCAGGGAGUUAGAGAGUUCGAUACCCUCUGCCUGCGUUUCAAAUACUUCACCUUCUUCGAUCUGAACCCCAAGUACGACCAAGUCAGGAUCAAUCAGUUGUACGAACAGGCCAAAUGGAGCAUCCUCAACGAGGAACUAGAUGCCACAGAGGAGGAGACCCUUAUGUUUGCCGCUUUGCAGUUCCAAGUGAAUCACCAGACGGAUAUACAUCCACCAGGCAUCGAUUCCGGAAUAGAUACCUCCAGCCAGGAGACUGGCGGCGAGGACGACAUUGACUCCGCUCUCAACGAGUUGCAGAUCACUCUCGAAGGUCCAGGAGGUGGCAAGGAUCAGGGCAACAUCACCAGGAUACCAGAACUAUCAGACUAUCUUAAAUUCCUCAAGCCCCAGAGGUUCACUCUUAAAGGAUACAAGCGCUACUUCUUCACCUACAGGGAUCUGCAUCUGCACCUGUACAAAUCGCAGGAGGAGUCCAGACGGGGAGCUCCCAGCAUCAGCAUCAAUUUAAGGGGCUGCGAGGUGACGCCCGAUGUUAACCUGGCACAAGGGAAGUUUGCAAUUCGAUUGGAGGUUCCACCAGAGGGCAGGAAUGGUCCGAAUAGCGAGGUCUGGGUAAGAUGCGAUAAUGAGGAGCAAUAUGCCAAGUGGAUGGCCGCCUGCCGUCUGGCUGCCAAGGGCCGCUCUUUAGCCGAUAGCUCCUACGACAGCGAAGUGAGCAGCAUUCGCUCGCUGCUCCAGAUGCAGAAACCCGCCCAGGGAGCUCCUAUCGCCGUAAAUCCCAGGAGUGUGGAGCCUAUGGAUUACCUUUCGCCAAGGAUGAUGCGCAAACUGUCCAGCAAAGCAGUGCAGAGGAUUCUAGAGGCGCAUGCCAACGUUCGCCAGCUGACCUUGAUGGACGCCAAGAUGAAGUACAUCCAGGCCUGGCAAUCUCUGCCCGAUUUCGGAGUAACUCUCUUCGUAAUCAAGUUUGACGGACACAAGAAGGAGGAGCUGCUGGGUGUGGCAAAUAAUCGCAUUAUGCGCAUGGACCUUAACUCGGGAGAUCACAUCAAGACCUGGCGUUACAAUACAAUGAAAGCCUGGAACGUCAACUGGGGCAUCAAGUGCAUGAUGAUCCAGUUGCAGGACGAGAACAUUAUCUUCUCCGUCCAGUCAGCCGACUGCAAGGUUGUGCACGAGUUUAUCGGCGGCUAUAUAUUCAUGUCUAUGCGAUCCAAGGAGAACAACCAGACGCUGAACGAGGAGAUGUUCCACAAGCUGACGGGCGGUUGGUCGUAAGCGGAUUACCGGAACCUAAAGGAGCGGAGUGGAGUGGAGUCUUACGAGUGCCAAGCACAAACCUCGUCGCAUGUUCUACAGUUUUAUCUACAUAUAUUUACCUAAAGUGGGGUGCGUUGAUUUAUGGGUUGAAAGGUAAUCUGCGGACUACACUAAGCAACUUUGUCUUAACACAAGUUAAAACUUUCUGAAUGUCAAAUAAUUAACAUGUUUUUUUUUCUGUUCUGGCUUUAUACUUUUUAAGAACUUUGUGUCGGCAUUUACCUAAAAAUAAUCAAUUUUAUGACAACCAGAACAGUUGCUAAAAAUAUAAGUCUUGGAAUUUGUGUAAUCUAUAUCUAGGGAAAUGCUUAACUUGAUUUUAAAACCGAAGUUGCUUUAAGUUGUCCAACGAUCACCUCCGUUUAUAUCAACCCAGUCAGUCGACGCGCCCUAAUCAAAAGCGUUGUGUGUAUAAGUGUUAAUGGAAGCGGAAUUCUAGACUAAUAACAAUCACCACGCUGAUAACGAUUAUGAUAACGAUGUUGUGCCUUCGCCAGAGCAAUCUUAACCCAAAACAAGUCCAAGUCAAUGUCCUGUGUUCUCUGUGUUGUCUGUUUUCUAACACAGCGUUAAAGUUAUACACUACUUAAGUCCUUUUUGUACCACUCUUGUGCGGACUUGGGCGACUAACCCGCAGUUUUAUAUAUUGUAUAUUUAUUAAACAAAUUAAUAAGCAGAAUAAA